AGGAGGGAAAUGAAGAAAACUAAUUGGUUUAUUCUCUUAUGCAUUAUGUAUUAUGUGUUAUGCAAAAGCCUGUGCUCUUGCCCUUAUAGUCACUUAUAGUCGAGACUCGAUAACACUCGUUAUCGGAGCUGUUGCGAGAAAGGAUAUAACGCAUUGAGUAUCAUUUACUGUUCCCUUCGAUGAUCAACAUUUGUUCACACAUUGGAGGUUAAAUUUGUGAGAGGUCGAAUCUUCAUCACUUUACCCGAUUGAUGAAAUGUCUGGAAAAACAUUAAUAAACAGUAUGGUUGCCUUCAGUAGAAGGGAAUAUGAUGAUUUCCAGAUGCAUCUCUCGUCAAUGACAGAAUGGCCAGGUAUUAACAUCAGUGUUGAUAAAGAUUUACACGCAACACUCAACAUACCGAUGCUCAUUAUGGAAUUGUAUCGAUUAAUACCUUACAAGGAAGACCGUUAUGUGCACUUUCAUCCCUUCAAUAUGCCUCAUAUUAAAGUACGUAAAAUUGAUCUAAUCGGAGUAGUUACAAACAUUAAACGCAAUUCCGAAAACCUACUUUUAACAAUCGAGGAUGGAACAGGAGUAGUUGAGAUUAAUUAUAAGCUGGAAAAAUAUUUAUCUUUGCUGCAACAACGAAAGAAAAUCGAUCGACAAUAUAAAGAGCAAGCUAAAAAUUUAACAAGAUAUGAAAUAAUAAAAAAUUCCUUUAAAGAUUGCCCAGGAAAAUUUCCGGAAACACGUCCACAGUUCUCUUAUACGAAUAAUGUUUCUCUUCUGGAUAAAGCUAUUCUAGAGAACAAAUGGUGGUCCGAAACAAAUAAUGGUUUAUUGGGCAAAGAAAUCAAACUGUUUGAUUAUGUAUCUGUCAAUGGAUAUCCCUGUUUUGAUGUAAAAUUUCAGAAAAUCCCGCAAGAAAUUACAAUGGAAUUUAUCGAACAUGCAAGGUUAACAGUUUUUGCAAUAUCUGUAACAUGUAUAUCUGAAGCAACAUACAAUAAAAAGUUAUCUACAUGGAUGAACACCACUAUCCGCCAAAGAUAUACGAAGAGGUCGGAAUGAAGUAUUCAUUGCAAACUUUAUUAGUAUUACAGCAAAAGAACAUCAACUACAAAUCUUAUGAGUUACUGACCACUGCUGCUAUUGUUCCUGUGCAAUGACUUUGAACCGAUAUAAUAUCAAUAUAGUAGAUUUACUCUUUCCCAAGAAACUUCCUUGGACUGCCAUGAUAAAUUAUAUUUAUUUCUUAAAUAUUACAUUCUGACACGACGAGUCACAAUGAGAUAUAAGUGUAUUUUGUUUCGUUUCAACCUACCACGUCACAAUAUGCAUCGGUUUGCACAAUUCUUUGAAAAAAAAAAAAAACAAAAAGCAGACUGUUGCUGUUGUUAUUGGCUGACCUUCCGCGAAUAGCCCUUUGAGAACAUUUUACCUUUACGAGGUGUGAUGCGAUGAUAUAUCCAAAUCGAGUAAUCGAAACGACAUACAUACUUGAAGAGGCUUGAAGAUACAUUAUUGAACAGUGUCGCUCAAUGCACUUUACUUAUAUGGUGUAUACUCUACUAUUAUGGAUAACACGAUAUUCCCUAAAGAUUACUAACGAUAAAGCAGAAACGAGCAUAGGCGUACGUCUGUCGGAUCUGUCGUAAAUGGAAAAGAGAAAUACAUUUGAAACGAGCAUGUUGCAUAUUAGCUGGGAAAUAAUAUUUUGACGUUGACAAGAUUUAACAUCCAUUGUGGCAGCAGGACCAGUUGAGAGCGUCGACAGUACCGGGGGAUUCCUGCGUGAGCAUUGAACAAGAGAUGAUGGGAGUGUUAAGAGCAUAAUUGAGUAAAGUAAUGAUGACUAUCGAAACAGCUUUAGUGGAUGAAACUGGACUGAUUGAACAGUGAAAUUUUUAUCAAAGCUGUACGGGUUGUUACAUGCUGUGUUCAACUUUUGUGAAAACAAAGUUAAUAUUGUGUCAAUUGCUUACCGGUUGACUUUCGGUAUGAAAAAUAUUGAGAAAGAAUUAAGAAGGAAUAUUUAAUUAUUGUAACUACUACCGGUUUCCAGAUUUUUCGAAUGCCCCUUGAAGGAUAUUCAAUUUAUUCUCCUGAGGAGAAUAAUUCAUUAUUUUACCCAUAGGUGGCUCCGCGAUAAUGAGAUAAGUUUCCGCCGGAAUAAAUGACCCAAGCACCUUGUC